AUGUAUAACAGAGAGGUGCACAUGGCCUGUCCAUUGAAGUUUAUUGUUCUCUUUGUCUUCAAAUUCUACAUUUUUGGUAUUGUGGAAUGUGCAAACAACACAAAUGUCAUCAGCCAUUGCAUCGAUAAAAAGCCAUGUAUUGGAACUUAUGGAGACAUAUAUAAUGCUUUGGCUUCAGGGGAGAACAGCUUUAACAUUCGAGCAGCAUUGUAUCCAGCAAAGAAGCCUUCUUCUGUACGUGUCUUUGUGAAUGUAUAUGGACUUAAUGGAACACAGAGUCCUAGAUCAAAUGCAUGCAAAUACACUUGGAGUACAAAUUGCCUAUUUGUUGCAUUACCUGCAGCUGUCCUGCAGGUCAUGUCUCUUGGUUCAAUAAUAGUGAGUCCUCGCUCACAGCAUCUAGAUAUAACCCUGCCAUCCUUUUGCUGUAAAAUUUCUGAGGACAGGAGAGAAAAGAUGAUCGAGGAUGUUAUAGCUGAGCUCCAAGACUUGGCGGUGAGUCCAGCAAAACCAGAUCCAAGGCUGAACACAGCUGAAUGUGUCAUUAAGGAUCAUGACCCAAAAAUACUGGAUACAGGACGCAGUGGUUUAAUAUAUUCAAUGUUAUUCUGCUCUUUUAUAUCUGUCAUGCUACUGGGUCCAUUACUAGCUUACUUUAUCUUGGAGUAUUUGAAGAGUUCUCCUGGGGAGACCAGCAGGUUUUGUUGUUGGGAGGAAAAGCCAGUAGUUUAUGCAGCAAAUUUAACUGUUGUUGUUAUGCUGCUAAUAGAAAUUGUAAUUAUUACUUACUCCUUUAUCAAAAGUUACAAUAUAGGGCUUCCCAUGAUAUUUAUAUUAAUAAUCACUGCUGAGGGUCCUGCAAUUGUCUCCAUUUUAAAAUUGAAAAAGUAUAUACGAGGCAACAGUGGUAACCAAGGAGGUAAUGGAGGUAACCUGGGCCCUCAUGGCAGAGUCAAAGAUACCAUGAAAAGGAUCAUUGCAUUUUUCAGGAGUUCAAUCUAUUACAUAUGGGUAAAUUUAGUCCUAUACCAUUUUUUCUGGCUGCUUAUAGGCAUAAUGAUAACCCCAACCUGGGGGUUAACUGUUUUUUUGGUAAUCUUGGUAUUUAUCAUCGUCUUUUUUUCUGCACUAUGGCAUCUUUUUAAACAAGCAAAUUUUCAAGCAUAUAUAUUCUCUGGGUUUUGUUUCUUUGGCUGUUGUUGUGCUGCUGUUGUUCCAUUAUUAGCAGGGAACUCAUUUUAUGGAAGGGAAACUGCGGAUGACAUUAUAAGGGUGGUGCUGUUGUAUAUUAUCACUUACUUGGUUCCCAAGAUGCUAAAGUUUAAUGAGUCACAAACCUCAGGGCCCACCACUAACAGGGAUAAGCCUCCAGUGCCAAAUGCUGAAAAUAGGUUUGAGCUCCAACAACCAGGAAUGCGAGAAGGUGAGCAAAGAGGUUUGCUCACGAACACUUUAGGAUAGACUCAGGCAUUAUCACCUCCGCUGUUAUUUGGAAAAUGAGCACUUCCUCCUUAGGAGGUUGAAAACUGAACCCAAGAUAACGUUAGAUGUUAGGUUGACUGCACUGCUACUGGGAGUAAUUUGAAAGUUAUAAAUUAGUCAAGUUAGUGAUUUAUGAUUGCUAAAAACAAAUCAGCUAUGCAGAAAAUAUGAUCAGUGUAACUUGGGCCAACUGUGAGCUACCUAAGCGAAGAACCUGGUAGGCUAUGUAAGUAACAUUAGAGUUAUAGGCUAUAAACUGUGUAAGUAACGACAUUUUUUACAGCGAUCUAGGUAAGCUACUUAGUAAAAUAUAAGGUGAACUGUAAGAACUUAUAACCUACCCAUUAAUUUUCGUGCGAUUUCA